UGAUUGCAGUUUUUAGUUAUGAACUGCAAUUUACUAUUUAGUAAAUUUGUGUACGAUUUUUUAUAAUAUUAUAUUUUAAUAAUAUAUAUUUUUAUUUGUUAUAUAAAUUUGUAUAUUUUGUGUUUAAGUAUUAAUAGUUUUGUGUAGAUUCCUCAUUGAUUUCCAAUCAGAUUUAUCAAGAAGUCAACAUGCAUACCGAUCAACAAGUGAAAAAAAGGUUACGCGAUGAAUUUAACGACAUAGAAUCGAAGAAUAUGUGGAACAUUACAUUCAGAUUUGUUGAAGUAGAAAGUUCAAAAAUUAAAAAAACAUCUGAUGAAGCAAAGAAACCACAGAAUAAGGCUCUAAAUAGAUAUCAAGAUGUCUCUCCUUAUGAUGAAACUAGAAUUAUCCUAAAAAGAGGAAAUGUAUCUUACAUAAAUGCCAAUCUGGUACAAGUAUGUAAUUGUGAAAGGCAGUAUAUACUGACUCAAGGACCCUUAGAAAACAGCACUUCCCAUUUUUGGCUCAUGGUAUGGGAACAAAAUACCAAAGCCAUCGUAAUGUUAAACAAAGUUAUCGAAAAGAAAAAACUUAAAUGUCAUCAAUAUUGGCCGAAGAAAAAAAAGGAUAAUGAUAAAUUUGUAUGGAAUGAUGUUGGUUUAUCUGUAGAAUUUGUUUCUAAAAUCAAUCAUGGAUUUUAUGCACUAAGUGUUUUAAAGCUUAAUGACUUAGAUUCAGGAGAAUCUCGUGAAAUUUAUCAUUUCCAUUAUACUGAUUGGCCAGAUUUCGGAGUACCCAAAACUCCUACGCCUUUUUUACGUUUUCUCAGAGAUGUUAGACGUAGUGGUAGUCUUGAUCCAUCUAACGGGCCAAUUGUCAUUCAUUGUUCUGCAGGAAUAGGACGUUCAGGAACAUUUUGUUUAAUAGAUUCCUGCCUUAUAAAAAUGAAUACACCAGAAGGCUUAAACUAUGUUCAUAUACGUACAUUACUAGCGGAAAUGAGAAAAUGCCGAUUGGGUCUUGUUCAGGCUCCAGAACAACUACGAUUUGUUUACCAAAGUGUUAUCGAAGCUCUUGAUUCAGAUUGGGAAGCAGAUAAUGAGGAUAAUUUACCUAGUCUAGAUGGCUCACUAUUGAAUAAUAUAAGCGAAUCAGACUGUGAAAGUAGUGAUAGCGAACUAAGCAGUGAGGCACCCCCUUUACCGCCACCUCGUAUGGAAUCAUUAAGGCAACAAGAUGAAGAUGACUAUGAUGAUGAAGAAUCAUUAGUGUCAGAAUCUGAUAGUGAUGAAAAUGAAUCAACCCCACCACCAUUACCACCUCCCAGAGAUCUCGAUUUAUCUAAACCUAAUGAUUGUAUGGAGACAACCAAUACCAAAGAUGAGCGCAUUAAGAACAAAGUUGAAGGAGAGGCAGAAAAAACCAAAAUUAUGGCAGACAAAUUAAAAAUAAUGAAGAGAAAACAAAAAGAGCAAGAAAAAUGGGAACAAAUCAAAAGGUCCUGGUUUUAUCCAUUGAGAAAUUUAGGCAUUGGAGUCUUAGCUCUAAGUGGUGGUGUAAUGAUUGUCGCAUACUUGAUGAAUUAUAAAAAAUAACGUUUUUUAAUUUAAUUAUUUAAACUCGGCUUUACAAUUUACAAGGGCAUUAAUAGACAUAUUCAAUGUUUGCUUUAAUUUAAAUAUAAUAAGAAGUGGUAUUAUAGAUGACAACCAAAUAUUUAUCAAAAUAGCUAUACUUCCAUUUGAAUAAUUAAGACUGAAAAUAAGCAUUAUGAUAAAAAGUAAUAAGAAUAAAGCCAAAUUUUUUCUUUGAUUCUACCUUAGUUUUAAUUUGUUUUAUAAUGAUAUAAUACAAUAAAAUAACAUGGAAUUUUGUCUAUAAAACAAAUUAAAAUUAACUUUGUGGAUUGUAGACGUCGAGCUUUAUAAACAACAAAAAAUGUAAAUAAUUUCAAAUGGCAUAAAUCAUACCAUUUAACUUUAAUUUAGCCAGUAACACGUGUAAGUAAAUAAAUUAUCUAUUUUCUUAAUGAAUUAAUUAAAAUUAAUCAUUCCGUAAAUUAUAUUAUACUCUCUACACAAUAUUAUUGAGUUGAAUUAAGUUAACAGAGUAUAUAUUUUAAUAAAAAUGUAAAAUAUCAGUCUACAAUCACAAAUUGUGGCAACGGAAAAAAAACUAACUAAUAUGACGUGUGUUCUCUUAUUUUUUUUUUAGUUUAAAACUUUAAAAAUUUAAAUAAAAAGAAGAAUAAGAAAAACUUUAAUUUUUUAUCUACAUUUAUUGUCCUUUGGUGUAUUAUUAGUUUCUUUUUUAAUUAUUGUUUUUGGAAUAUGGAUGCUACUGUUAAGAUAAUUUUUACUUAAAUUUGAUAUUUAAUAUUAAUGUAACGUAAUAUUGUGAACAUUGAACACAAAGAAAAGAUUUAUCAAAACAUGUUAAAGAUCGAUUUUUAACUGAAACAAAUUACUUAUCUAAUAUUACUUAAAACUUAUCCAAAUAUAUAAAUUAUUUUUCAUUGAAUUUUGCUUGAGCUUAACUAUACAAAUGUUUUGUUUUUUUUUUCUACCCAAAAAUGUAAAAAAUUAUUAUUAUUAAUAUCUAGUUUAUAACUAAACAGUGUAACUAAUAUUAAUAAGAAAUAAGCAAUUUAGGUUUAGGAUAUUCAAUUAUUUUUGUUAAGUAUUUUAAAAUGCAAUGAUAAAUAGUAACUUAAAUAUUUUAAAUUAUAUAUUGAUCAAAUGUACUACUGUCAGAAUAUAAAAAUUAUCGAAAAUAACUAUUAUUAUUUUUAUUACACUUAUGUUAAUUAUCAAUUUAUAAUUAUUCUACUUAAUAAGUGAUUUUAAUCAUUUUAUGGUAGGUAAAUAAUGUUUGCUCAUACCGUAAAGACUGUUUAAUUGCGUUUAAAUUUCAACUAAUUAUAAAACAACUGAAAUGUUGGCAAUACAGAUUUAUUUAUUUAUGAUUAUGCUAGGUAAAAAUUAUACUAUAUGUUAUACAUUUUUAUAAUAUUUAAAUUUAAUCAAUACUUAAUAAAUACCUUGAAUACAAUUUA